AUGUCGAAAGCUAUUGUGAAGACGACCUUCGAGGCGUCGCGAACUCUUCGUCCUAUCUACACUGGAGGUAGCACUGCGCUUGACGCCAGCGGCCGAUUGCUGGUGACUUCUGUGGGCGAAAAUGCCUUGGUCGUUGAUUUAGAGACCGGUGACCAGCUGGCUCAGCUAGACGGAGAUGGAGAGGUGAUCACCACUGUAGCGAUUACGCCGUCCGGCUCACACGCCAUAAUAUGUUCGCGGUCCAUGUCUAUGCGAAUUUAUACUCUGCCGCCUUUUGACGACCUUGCGCAGUCUGUUGAAGCCGAACUUGUUCGAACGCUCAAGCCCCAUACAGCGCCUGUUGUCACAGCCGCAGUCGAUCCGUCAGGGACUCUUCUAGCAACAGGAGGCGCAGAUGGGUCCAUUAAAGUCUGGGAUAUCAGAGGUGGAUAUGCCACGCACACAUUCUAUGGACAUGGUGGCGUGGUGACAGCACUCUGCUUCUUUGAGACCCAUACGCAGGAGGACUUUGACCAGGCCGACCCCAAGAAGAAAAAGAAGAAGGCAAAGGGCAAAGUCUUGGAUGAUGAGGAUGAAGAUAUGGCCGAUGAUAUCGUUGUCGUUUCUUCUUCGACCAUCGGUCUUCGAUUAGCAUCUGGUAGCGAAGAAGGCAAGGUUCGCGUGUGGGAUCUGACCAAGAGAAAAUCCAUCGCAUCGCUGGACUCGCAUGUCUCUGUUGUGAGAGCAUUGUCCUUCUCCGCAGCCGAAAAUGCUCUGCUUUCUGCGAGUCGUGAUAAGACUGUGAUCGUCUGGGACGUCCGGACUUGGAAGACGCGCAGGAUCAUCCCUGUUUUGGAAAGUGUUGAAGCCGCUGCUUUCGUCGCCGAUAGCGGGUUCUGCAUGAUCGGUGGCGAGAACGGCAAGUUACGAGUGUGGGAUUGCAACAGAGGUAGCGAAGUUACCGAAGACCAAGAACCUGGCCCGGAGUUUGAGGCUGUUGUAGCCAUUCAAUACUCCCAUGGUCUGCCAUUUGCACUAAGCGUUCACGCUGAUCAGACUAUCCGCGUCCACAACCUGGACACUCUGUCCCAAUUACAGCCUGGGUUAAAGAUCAAACCUUUGGAAAUCAUCAGAAGGAUAUCCGGCAACGACGAUGAAAUUAUUGAUUUGGCAUACGUCGGGCCUGACCGGUCAAUGCUCGCUCUGGCAACAAAUACUGAGAGCAUUAGAGUCGUGUCUAUCGGCCAGUCGGAAGACGGACCAUCUGAUCAAGGAAAAGAUAGAUUCUUCGGAGCGGAUGUGACACAUCUAGAAGGCCACGACGACAUCAUCAUCUGCAUUGAUGUAGACUGGUCCGGUCAUUGGCUGGCGACAGGUGCAAAGGAUAAUACAGCACGGCUAUGGCGCCUUGAUCCCCAGAACGCCUCAUAUACUUGUUUCGCCAUCUUCAAGGGCCAUGCCGAGUCUUUGGGAGCAAUUAGUCUUCCACGGGUACCCCCGGCACCGAGCACUCCGGCAUAUAAAGAUCCCUUGAGCCAUCCCCCAUCAUUUAUGUUGACCGGGUCUCAAGAUCGUACCAUCAAACGAUGGGAUUGUGGCAAAUUGACAUCCCUCAAGUCAUCUGAACCACACACACCCAAGGCGAUUUUCACCCGAAAAGCUCACGAAAAAGAUAUUAACGCCCUUGACGUCAAUCCUGCGUCUACCCUCUUUGCAUCUGCUUCUCAAGAUCGUACAGUUAAGAUCUGGUCUACAGAGGACGGCUCCGUGGCUGGCAUUCUUCGCGGCCACAAGAGAGGCGUGUGGUCGGUACGGUUCGCACCGAAAGACACUCCCAUCAUCACCUCGAACUCCGGUACAAGUACCAGCAGAGGAUUGAUUGUAACUGGCUCAGGUGAUAAAACAGUUAAAAUAUGGAGUUUGAUGGACUACAGUUGUCUCCUCACGUUUGAAGGCCACAGUAACAGUGUGCUUAAAGUGCUCUGGCUGCCACCUUCUGAGCUGUCAAGCAAUGCGAACGAGGAUGAUGAUAUGGAGGGAGCAGUGACUCAAACCGCGACAUCUCAAGCUCGACCCCUUGUUGCAUCUGCUGCUGCCGAUGGCCUGGUGAAAAUUUGGUCACCGUAUACUGGUGAGCUUGAAACCACACUCGAUAACCAUGAGGAUCGAGUUUGGGCCCUCGCCAGUCCUACGCCGUCCGGCUCCCGCGGAGAUGUGAAACCCUCAUCUUCUCGAACUUCACCAUGCCCGUUCGCCUUGGCAUCUGGGUCCGCAGACUCUACGGUCACCUUCUGGACCGACACUACCUCAGCAACACACACUGCCACCGUCACUGCCAACGCUGAGCGCAUCGAGCAAGACCAACAGCUGGAGAACUAUAUUCGAGCGGGAGCCUACCGCGAAGCCAUCACGUUGGCCCUCCAGCUCAACCACCCGAGACGCCUGCUGACGCUCUUCACAUCUGCGAUCGACAGCGCUGAUGAAGCAGCAUCCGAAGAUUCUCCUCUGAAGGAAGCUAGUCUCACCGGCAACGCAUCUAUUGACCAGGUACUCCAAAGCUUGGAUCAAGAGAAUCUCAGAGCUUUGCUCGUUCGACUCCGUGACUGGAACACCAAUGCGCGCACCUCACGCGUGUCACAGCGCAUCCUCUUCGCAUUAUUCCGAAUGUACCCUGCAUCGACGUUUGUCGAGCUCGCAUCCUCGGGUCUGAAGAAGCGGGCCAGAGACGCCCACAGCGCUGCCGCUAUGAAAGACAUCCUGCACGCACUAGCAUCUUACACACAGAGACACUACCGUCGGGUCGAGGAGCUUGUGGACGAGAGCUACCUUGUGGAAUGGGUUCUAGCCGAAAUGGACGGUGGAGUCGGUCUGGGAGGGUUGAACCUGGGCUCUGAUGCCGACCAGGAUGUCCUCAUGCUCGGUGCAAGGGAAGAGAAAGUAUAA